AUGUACCGAAUAAUCGGAUCGCUUCAAAUAUACCUAGAUCAGGAGACUGCGACGUUCACUGUUGAUUCUACGGAAGUCGACAACCUGGCUCUUCAAUCAGCUCAAGUUGGAGGAGGAUCUGCGGCAUUAGCCCAAAUGGCUAAGCCAGACGCAGAGCCUUUGGAGGAAUAUGAUGAAUAUGAAUCUCUCCCACCAAACUUUUCGUUGAUCCAGAAUAUGGUUGCGGGCGCCUUUGCCGGAAUUGCGGAACAUACUGUUAUGUAUCCGAUCGAUGCGAUCAAGACCCGAAUGCAAAUCCUCAACCCAACCCCAUCCGCCGUCUACAAUGGUAUGAUACAAGGAGGAUACCGGAUAGCUACUGGAGAGGGACUUUUUAGUUUAUGGCGGGGCAUGUCAAGUGUGGUUGUGGGAGCUGGACCGGCACAUGCUGUUUAUUUUGCUACAUAUGAAGCUGUAAAACAUGUUAUGGGAGGAAAUCAAGCUGGUGUUCAUCACCCUCUUGCUGCUGCAACAAGUGGGGCUUGCGCAACUAUUGCUAGUGAUGCUCUCAUGAAUCCUUUUGAUGUUAUCAAGCAGCGCAUGCAAAUGCAUAAUUCGAAAGUAAUGUACAAAUCAAUGACUGAUUGUGCUAGAUACGUCUAUCGAAGCGAAGGUCUCACCGCAUUCUACGUUUCCUAUCCCACCACACUCUCGAUGACAGUACCAUUCACUGCUCUCCAAUUCCUCGCAUACGAAUCGUUGUCGACGGUCAUGAAUCCUUCCAAAUCAUAUGAUCCAUGGACCCAUUGUACAGCUGGUGCGGUGGCAGGAGGAUUUGCGGCUGCGCUCACAACCCCCAUGGAUGUGGUUAAGACUCUAUUACAAACGAGAGGAACGGCCACCGAUGCAGAAUUAAGAAAUGUCAGUGGUUUUGUAGAAGGAUGUCGGGUAAUUCAUCGAAGGGCGGGUUUCGCUGGAUUUUUUAAGGGUGUCAAACCAAGAGUCGUUACUACUAUGCCAAGUACUGCCAUUUGUUGGUCUGCAUAUGAGGCUUGCAAGGCUUAUUUCAUUCGGCAAAAUAACAUGGAAGUUUAA